AUGUCUCUACGAGUAUUUCUGCCAAGUCAGCAAGUAAUGACGUCACCAUGUUGCGGUUUUGGGGAAAGAGUUGAACCUGCAUGGUUUCGAGCUCGUUACGCUCGACCAUAUUUCUACCAUCCUUCCCAAAUGACGUUACCAUCCCAUUUCUUGGAUGACGUCAUGGAGUUGUUUGAUCAUUCUGCUCCAUUCAUUUUGAAGGGAAAGGAAGCCGAGACGAAAAAUAAGAAAACAACAUCCGAGGAAAGUUCGGACUUCUCCAGCGAAUUCGAUUUGACUGGGUUCGAUCCAAGCGAAGUCAAAGUAAAGACGAUCGGACAAAAAGUUGUCGUCGAAGCGAAGAAGGAAUCGAAGGAAGAGAAAGAUGGCUGCUUGUCGUAUUCCCGCAACGAAUACCACCGAUCCAUAGUGUUGCCGGAUAACGUGAAAGCUGAAGAAUUAACGUCGACUUUGAACGAAGCUGGGAAGUUGCGCAUCACUGCUCCUCUAAUUCCAUCGUUGAAAGAUAAAGAUGAAGAAAGGGAAAUCCCCGUGGCAAUAACAGAUAACCCAACAAAAAAUGACGUCACUGAAACAAAGACCGUUGAAGAUGCGAAUGACGUAGCUGAUGAAACGAACAAUUUAAACGAAACUGCUACGACCGAUAAUUAA